UCUGUAUCCAUAAUGGCCAGCUCCUCUUUCCUGUCUUUUCUACAGAAAUCCCAUGUGGUUUUGUAUGAGGAUAAGAGACUGCUUCCAAUAUGGACUCCCCAGACGAAGGGUCUGUGGCUAGACAUAAUUCCAAGUCUUUCAAGUGUCAGGUUGGUGACCAUGUUGCUCUUGGGGAUGAUUUUUCUCCCAAGCAUAUACGGUGACAUGUCAUCGGUACAUUACCCUUCUUAUGAAAUAGUCAUCCCAAAAAGUCUGACGGUCAGGGAAAAUGAAGACCUAGUGGAAAAGGCGUCCUAUAUGCUAUUUCUGCAUGGCCAGAAGCACCUGGUUCACCUGCAGGUGAAGAGAGACUAUUUUGUGAGUCACUUUCCAGUCUACAUUUACCACAAUGGCAUCCUGGGGCAAGAUGUUUCCUUGAUCUCACGUGACUGUCACUAUGAAGGCUACAUAGAAGGAGUGCCAGGUUCGUUUGUGUCUGUCAACACCUGUGCAGGCCUCAGGGGCAUCCUGAGUAAGGAGGGAACCUCCUAUGGCAUCGAGCCCAUGGACUCCUCCAAACAGUUCGAACAUGUGAUAUACACCACGGCACGUGAAGCGCAAGCCUCCUGUAGUGUCGCUUCCAGAGACAGCCGAGUGGUGUCCACCAGCUGGCACCAAGGGCGCAGGAAGCCUCAUAAUCGGCAGGCGCCGUCCUCCUUGUGGGCACACACCAAGUACGUGGAGAUGCUCGUGGUGGUCAACAACCAGCAGUUCCAGACGUGGGGCAGUACCGUCAACGGGACAGUCCAGAGAGUAGUGGACAUCAUUGCUCUGGCCAACAGCUUCACCAGGGGAAUCAACACGGAGGUGAUGCUGGCUGGAAUGGAGAUCUGGACCGAGCGGGACCUGAUAGAGGUCCCAGUGGACUUGCAAGUUACACUCAAGAAUUUCAACAACUGGAGACAAGAGAAGCGCCUUUAUCGUGUGAAGCAUGAUGUUGCCCACUUGAUCGUUGGGCGUCAUCCUGGACAGAGUAUGGGCCAGGGGUUUCUCGGCGGUGCCUGCUCAAGCGGUUUUGCGGCAGCUGUCGAAUCCUUCCAUCAGGAAGAUGUCCUCCUAUCAGCAGCGCUCAUGGUCCAUGAGCUCGGGCACAACCUGGGGAUUCAGCACGACCACUCGGCCUGCUUCUGUAAAGAUAAGCCCUUUUGCCUCAUGCACGAAAAUUUCACUAAAGAGAGCAGAUUCAGCAACUGCAGCUCUCACUACUUCCACCGGUUCCUUCAGGAACACAAGGGGGCCUGCCUGUUUAACAAGCCGGGGCACAAAGGCCGCAAGCGAAGGGAUUCCCGCUGCGGAAACGGUGUGCUGGAGGACACGGAGCAGUGCGACUGUGGUUCUGCCUGUGACCUUGACCCUUGCUGUGAACCAACGUGUAAUCUGAAGGGGAAUGCUGAAUGUGGUAGUGGACUCUGCUGCCUGGACUGCAAGUUCAAAACGAAGGGAUUUUUAUGCCGUCCUAUUGGAGAUGAGUGUGACCUCCCGGAAUAUUGUGAUGGCCGUUCUGCAGAAUGCCCUGCAGACACCUACAAGCAAGAUGGCACAUUGUGUGAGAGAAUUCACCGUUGCGCUAGAGGUCAGUGUAUGGACCCUGAUAAGCAAUGCAUGAAUAUAUAUGGGGACCGUGCAAGAUCUGCCCCAGAAGAGUGUUACGUGUCAAGGAACACCAGAGGGGACCGGUUUGGAAACUGUGGCCGUCCCACUGCAGCUCAGCAAGAAUAUGUUCCAUGUUCAGGUGAUAAUAUAUUUUGUGGGAAACUCAUCUGUACAGGUAUCCAAUACCUACCACCAAUCAAAUCCCAGCACACGUUGAUCCAGGUUGCUCAUGGUGAUGACUGGUGCUGGAGCAUGGAUGCCCAUGACGGUACUGAUAUCCCUGAUGCCGGAGACGUGCAGGCUGGCACCUCUUGUGCCCCAAACAAAGUCUGCAUGAAUCACUCCUGCACUCACCACUCUGUACUCCAGCACGACUGCCUGCCAGAGGACGUGUGUCACGCCAGAGGGGUUUGCAACAAUUUGAGGCACUGCCAUUGUGAGUUUGGUUUUGCCCCUCCUGACUGCAAAAAUCCAGGAAAUGGGGGUAGUGUGGACAGUGGCCCUGCUAGGAAGCCAGGUGAUGAAAUUUCAAGUAUAGAUGAAAGUAGAAGUCAUAGUGUCGGUAGUCCUAAUGCCCAAAGAGGUGGUGACAGCAAUAAUGAAAAUAAGAACCUUGGCCAGCUAGUAUACAUAAUCCCCAUAUUUCUUAUAGCAUUGGUUUUAGGUUUAACUAUUGUUGCCAGUAUCAGUGCUGGAAAGGACAUAUCACAGUGCUCACAAGAUUACCAAGAAGAAGCCCCUGAAGCAGCUGUACCAGAACAAGAUUUAGACAAAAGACAUGGAGAACCAGAGGCAGGAAAUGAAUCGUGGAAGGAAGAAGUUCAAGAGAGCUAA